AUGAUCGCCUCUCGAGCAUUUGCCUCUCCGGCUCGCCUGUGCUUGCGAAAAGCCUGUCACCAGCCGACCUGGGCUCCGGUAGCCUUUCAGGCUCAACCUCGACGCUUCGCCUCCACUGCAGAGUCCGACAAGGUCGCCAGGUUCAAGGGAAAGAAGGGAUCGGAUGGAAACUUCACGGUCACUUUAAUAGAAGGAGACGGCAUCGGCCCGGAAAUCUCACAGUCCGUCAAGGACAUCUACAAAGCUGCGAAGGUUCCAAUCGUCUGGGAGCCGGUGGAUGUCACGCCUCGCCUGAAAGAUGGCCGGACCGUUAUUCCAGAUGAGGCAAUUGAGUCGGUGAAAAAAAACUACGUCGCUUUGAAAGGACCUCUUGCAACUCCCAUCGGCAAGGGACAUGUCUCUCUUAACCUCACGCUCAGGCGGACCUUCAAUCUCUUCGCCAAUGUUCGCCCCUGCAGAAGCAUUGAGGGCUACAAAACCCCCUAUGACAACGUCGACACGGUUCUGAUUCGAGAAAACACCGAAGGAGAAUACAGUGGUAUUGAACACGUGGUUGUGGACGGCGUUGUGCAGUCGAUCAAGCUUAUCACCCGCGCAGCCUCAGAAAGAGUUCUCAGAUAUGCGUUCCAAUAUGCGCGCGAAGUCAACAAAAAGAAGGUCCGCGUCGUUCACAAGGCCACUAUCAUGAAGAUGUCCGACGGUCUGUUCCUUAGCACUGCAAGGGAUGUCGCCAAGGACUUCCCGGACAUUGAAUUCGACGCCGAGCUUCUUGACAACGCCUGCCUGAAGAUUACGACUGACCCUGGCCCAUACUCGGACAAAGUCCUCGUCAUGCCUAACCUUUACGGUGACAUCCUGUCCGACAUGUGCGCUGGUUUGAUCGGUGGGUUGGGUCUCACCCCCUCCGGAAACAUUGGCGACGAAUGCUCCAUUUUUGAAGCUGUUCACGGCUCAGCACCUGAUAUUGCAGGCAAGGCGCUCGCCAACCCGACCGCUCUGCUCCUCAGCAGUCUCAUGAUGCUACGGCACAUGGGCUUGAACGACCACGCGGCCCAGAUCGAGAGCGCAAUCUUUGCAACGUUGGCCGAGGGCAAGGCUCUGACCGGGGAUUUGGGUGGUAAGGCUAAGACGCACGAGUAUGCACAGGCCAUCAUCGACCAUUUGUAA